AUGGUGGCUAUCAAAAGAUUGUUCGUCAAUACACGACAAUGGACGAAUGAAAUUUUCAAUGAGGUCAACUCAAUUAGCGGGAUUCAGCACAAGAAUCUCGUAAAAUUUUACGGUUGUACUUGUAGCAUCGAAGGGCUAAAUAGUCUUCUCGUGUAUGAAAUUGUACCUAACAAAAAUCUUGAUCAAAUACUCAUUGAUAGGAAAAUAGCCCAACUGGUAAAUUGGCAUAAGCGAUUAAAUAUAAUUUGUGGGAUAGUUGAGGGGCUUGCGCAUCUUCAUGAAGGCUGUCAAGCUAAGAUUAUCCACAGAUAUAUUAAAAGCAGAAUCGUGUCAUUACGACCUUCCAUGUCAAAAGUAGUUCGGAUGCUAAGAGAUGACAACAAGAGUGUGAUUCUUAAGGCUAAACAACCACCAUUUCAGAAUUCUUGCCUUCUAAACUCAGAUGACACAACGAACUCUUCAGGAUCGAAUAUAAUUGAUGGUGACAAUGAAGCAAAGAACAAGAAUAUCAUUGCUGGAAAUGCAUUUAGCUCUGACUUCAACUCGUAUCAUGCAACAGUGAAAAAGUAG